CGCCCCCUCUCCGGUCCGCAGCCCCGCCCCCAGGAGAGGUAAAGAGGUGGAGCGGCGGCGACCGGGGCGCUGUGCAUUGUGGGGCCGCCGAGGGGGCGGGGGUGAGCAAGAUGGCGGCUCCCUCCCUCCUGAACUGGAGGCGGGUUUCCUCCUUCACGGGGCAGGUUCCCCGCGCCCGGCACGGGCACCGAGCCGUGGCCAUUCGGGAGCUCAUGAUCAUCUUCGGUGGAGGCAACGAGGGCAUCGCGGACGAGCUGCAUGUCUACAACACGGUCACGAACCAGUGGUUCCUUCCUGCAGUUAGAGGUGAUAUUCCUCCAGGCUGUGCUGCCCAUGGGUUUGUCUGUGAUGGCACCAGAAUUCUGGUCUUUGGAGGAAUGGUUGAAUAUGGAAGAUACAGCAAUGAGCUCUAUGAAUUACAGGCAAGCCGUUGGCUUUGGAAAAAAAUAAAACCUCGACCUCCUGCUACCGGUUUACCUCCUUGUCCUCGACUUGGACAUAGCUUUUCUUUAUAUGGUAAUAAAUGUUAUUUAUUUGGUGGCCUGGCCAAUGAGAGUGAAGAUUCAAACAGUAAUGUCCCCAGGUAUUUAAAUGACUUCUAUGACCUGGAGCUACAGCAUGGCUCUGGCGUCGUGGGGUGGAGCAUCCCGGUGACCAAAGGCAUUGUGCCUUCCCCGAGAGAGUCCCACACGGCCGUUAUAUAUUGCAGGAAGGAUUCGGGCACCCCCAAAAUGUACAUUUUUGGAGGAAUGUGUGGUUCCCGGCUUGAUGACUUAUGGCAACUCGAUCUAGAAACUAUGUCAUGGUCACAACCAGAAACCAAAGGAACUGUGCCACUCCCGCGGAGUCUUCACACGGCCAAUGUUAUAGGAAACAAGAUGUAUGUUUUUGGUGGAUGGGUUCCCCAAACUACGAACAAUGUCGAAGCUUCUCAGGACUCUGAAUGGCGGUGCACCAGCUCAUUUUCUUAUCUAAAUUUGGAUACAGCAGAAUGGACUAGUCUAGUGUCUGAUUCUCAAGAAGACAAAAAGAACUCGCGGCCGAGACCGCGAGCCGGCCACUGUGCUGUUGCCAUUGGGACACGCCUGUAUUUCUGGAGUGGCAGGGAUGGCUACAAAAAGUCCAUGAACAAUCAAGUUUGCUGCAAAGACCUUUGGUACCUUGAUACUGAGAAACCACCGGCACCAUCACAAGUCCAAGUGAUCAAAGCGACUACUAACUCUUUCCAAGUUAAAUGGGAUGAAGUUCCUACUGUGGAAGGUUAUCUGCUUCAGCUGAACACAGAUCUGCCAUAUCAAGUGGUCUCCCCAGAUGCUCACACAAACUUGCAAGGAGUCCAAGCAGAUUUUUCCAGACAAGCCAGUAAUAACACUCUACCCCACAAUAUGCCAGUUUCUCUCUUAUCUCAAGAAUUGCUAAAGCUAGAAGACACGGGAAAUAGCACAGAGUCUGACCAUAAAGUCAGAAAAGGAAUUGCGGUAAAAAGUCAAUCAGAUCAUAAGGAAUUUGAGCGCAAUGCCCCUUCGAUCCCACCCUUUGCACUAGCAACUCGCAUGGCAGAUGGCAGCUGUUCAGUGGAUAUGCGCAAGAAAAAUGAAGGUGCUCAAACCUCAAAAAAUGUGAGUGAGUCAUAUGGUCUGGAUUUAAGGACAAUACAUCCUGAAGCUGCUGUAUCCAGUGCCAUUUCUGGUACACAUACCACGGUACCCCAGCGGAUCAUUAAAACGGAGUCAACCAAUACAAAUGGGGCAGUUGUUAAAGAUGAGACAUCACUCGCGGCAUUCAGUGGAAAAUCAGAAGCCAACGAAACAUUUGUACAGCCGGCAACCAAAGGCAGCUCUGCCGAAACCCAGGACUCUGCGGUUCCGUUAUCAAGAGAUACUACUUCAAAGCCAAUGACCCUAGAAAGAAAAGGAGAACGACAGUGGUGUGAUGUGGGGAUCUUCAAAAGUAACACCGCUUUGGUCAACCAGUUCUACUUGCUGCCAAAAGGAAAGCAGAAUAUUUCUAAGGUAGGAAAUACAGAUGCCCCGGACUACAGUUUACUUAAACAACAAGAUCUUGUUCCAGGCACAGUGUACAGAUUCAGGAUUGCUGCCAUCAAUGGCUGUGGGAUAGGCCCUUUCAGCAAAAUAAGUGAAUUCAAAACAUGUAUUCCUGGUUUUCCUGGAGCUCCUUGUGCUGUCAGAAUCUCAAAGAAUGUUGACUGUAUCCAUCUUUCCUGGGAACCUCCAGCUUCACCUUCUGGAAAUAUUUUGGAAUAUUCAGCCUAUUUGGCUAUUCGUACAGCACAGGUGCCAGAUAAUCCAAGUCAGCCCAUGUUCAUGAGGAUUUACUGCGGCCUGAAAACUUCCUGCAUAGUGACUGCAGGGCAGCUCGCCAAUGCGCAUGUCGAUUACACUUCUAGGCCCGCCAUUGUGUUCAGAAUAUCAGCCAAGAACGAAAAGGGGUAUGGACCAGCUACCCAGGUUCGGUGGCUUCAAGAAAGGAAGGAGUCAAGUUCCAAGUAGAAGAAGCACCUUAACAGGAAAGACAUUUUGACAAAGUAUUUUACACAUUUGUAAGAUUUUGUAAAUGUCCUAAAUGUUUUAUUUUUGCAUUGUUUUUUAACCUUGAAAUUGUACACACUUUUUUUACAUCUUAAAUCUAAGCAUUGGACAGCCUUACUCAGGUGUGAUUCCAUCCUUCGGUAGGGAGAUGUUAUGAAUUGACUCCAGGGCGCUUGUCUAUAAUCGUUGGUAGUGAUUUCAUAGAGUCCCUUCCCGUUCCCAUCGGAAAUCAACACUGAGCAAUAAUCACGUACGGAUAUCCAGAACGAAGAACUGCACAAGACUGUUUGAGUUCUUUUUUAUACCAUAUAGGGUGAGUAGGGUAUGUCUUAACUUAAUGCACAAUAUCCGUUGGAAAGAUUGAAUGAAUUGAUGUAUGUAUGUUCCAACAACUAAUUUAAGAUGUAUAGAAUAUUUUAAUAUAUAACUUUUGUAAAGAAUUGGGAAUUUUAUACUACAGUAUUUGUAAUGAAUGUGUCUUACCAAGGUUUUCCUGAAGAAAUAUGCAAAAUCUUAGACUCUUAAACCAAGAGACUCUAAACUCUAAAGGCAAAAUACAUGCACUACUCUUGUGUUAGGUUACCUUGGCCUUUUUUUUUUUUUUUUUUUUUUUUUUUUGGUAGGUGAGAUGUAUGAAUUUUUAGAUAUGUAUCUUAAAAACAAUGUUUACAAUGAGCUUCUCUGGUUUGCCAGCUCUGCCUCUCCUGGAGAGAGCUGCAGCCACAUUUAUUUAACCUGUAUGCAUUGCUUUGGGCAUACGCUUGCUUUUUGCACUGGUAGAAUUUUAACUUACCUCAUUAUUAUGUUCGUAUUCAUUUUUGUAUGGCUUUCGUAACGUGUCUGAAAUACUUAGACUAAAUAAAUAUUUAACCAAAGUUUGAAAUAAAUGGUAAGCAAUUUUGCACAUAUAAAAUGCCAAGGGAUCCUGUAUGUGUGUUUUUGUGGCUUUUUUUUUUUUUUUAAUUUUUUAAGUCGGGGGAUUGGUUAUGAAGCUGUAAGCAAGUGUUUUUCAGGCAUGGCUAGCUUUAAUGGCUUACUUGCAUAAUUUCAAUAAUCCUCAGUUAAUACCAACUGUUUAAAAAAAAAUUACCCUUUUAGCCUGCAUAAUUAGCUGUUAGGAUAGUAUUCUCACUGACAGGAAUAAAUUGAUCUUUAGCUUAGAAUAUUUGUUUGACAGGUAUAUGUAUUUAGUAGUUAGCUUCUCUGUUCUAGUCCUAGUGGUGAAUUUGCACCUCGAUUCUAAAAAGGGGACUUGAAGAUUGGAGAGUGAGAGGCAGGCCUUCUAUGCCAAGAGCACAAUGAGUAGAAUAAGCCUUUUAGAUGAAAAAAAAAAUCGAGAUACUCAUACAUUCUCUAUGAUGACCUCAGAGGCGCUAUUCUGGUGAUGUGAUAACUGAGGUGGGGAAACUUCCAGCUUUACCAAUUUUUUAAUGACUGAUCUUGGGGCUCUGUUGGUAAGCAAUGAAGAGAGGGGCAGAACAGUGGAAAGAGCCCUAGGCCUAGAGUCAGGAAGACCAGGAUUUAAAUUCAGCCUCAGACACUUACUAGCUGGGUGACUCUGGGCAAGUCAUUUAAUCUCUAUAUGCCUCAGUUUCCUCAACUGUAAAAUGAGGAUAACAACAGCCCUACCUCCCAGUAUUAUUGUGAGGAUCAGAUGAGAUAUUUGUAAAAGAGCUUAGCACAGGGUCUGGCGCAAAGCAGGUGCUAUGUACACAUUUAUCCUCUUCCUCCUAAGCACCUGUGGCUUCUCUCCAGUGGAACAGUUGUUUUCAGAAUCCCCACGUGCUCCUUGUGUGGUAACUUGUAGGCAGAAUGUUCUAUAACCAUAUCUGCAGUGACUUCAGUGGCUUCUUUUCCCCUUCUUCCUAGCUCUGUAAGCAGAUUUAGAUUUGAAGAGCAAUGUUCCCAUCUUUUUACUCUGUAAUCUUGGCCUGCUGGAUUAGGUAGUGAUCUCCUGGUGCUACAUGCUCUCAAAGCGUGCUUUCAGAAUACUGUUAUCUUCAUGUUUAGUACAAUUAAUUUUAUUGGUAGUUGUGAAGGGGGCAAAUAGAAACUAUUUCCGUUUUUAAAAAACAUAAUCCUAUCUGCAUGUAGGGAAGCCUCCAUUAUUCACUCAUUAAACCCACCUGGAAGAAGGGGAAAAUAGAAAUGUGUUGGAUUUUUUUUUUCCAGGUAUUGUUAAGACUCUUCUCAUUAAGUCAUAGGCUCUACAUUGACAAGGUUAAUUUUAAUCAUCGCAGAAUUUUUAAAUUAAAAAUUAUGCCAUUAGAAAUUAUCUCAUUGUUGCUAUUGAGAAUAGCUCAUGCUUCAGUCGUAAACAGUUUUAUUUUAAUAGUCUCAAUCUGUAACUUAAUUGACUAGUGGAAUUUCCAAGACUAUUUUAGGCCAUUCCCAUGUAAUGUGUACUCAUUGAUUUGUAAAAUAAAGCACUUUUUUAAACUAUUAAAUAUUUUUAAACAAA